AGCGUGGACAAUUAAAAAAGAAAUGAUACACCGAUUCAACUUCUCCACAUACACAUAAGUGUGAAUGUUCUAAGUGAUUGGUGAACAAGUGCAGUUUCAAAUCGCUACAGUUAUUUCUUAGUCGAGCAUGUAAAAUGGACGAUUUUCUAUCACCAACAUGAAAAUAUAAUGGAGUUUCGACACUUGGAAGAAUUAAUUGUUUCAAUUUAAUUUUGAAUCUUGAUAGAGAAUCUAACAUUCUUAUGUCGCGAGGUAAGUUGUUCCAUAGGUCGACAGCCGACGGGAUGAAUGAACGUAAUAUGUAUGCUGGCGAAGGAAACAGAUAGUGCUUGGACAGGAAAUAAAUCAUGAAUCACACAUACUCAAGUCGUGUUGAUUCACCUUCAACUGAUUGUCACAAAACAGCACCCACCGAUACAUGUUGUUCUCAGCAGUGGUCUCAGCUGGCAGUGGAGAAAGAUGGAAGGGUCUCGUGCAAGCUUUGUUGGCAGCUUUUCCAAAACAUUGGAGCAUUUAAAGUACACUGUGAAAAGCAUUUUGGUAGAAAAUACUCUUGUUCAAAGUGUGAAAAGAGGUUUAGUUCCCUGUGUGCUGUAAAAUCUCAUGAAAAGCUUCACGAUGUCAGCGUCAAGCAAGCUCGGCCUUGGCAAUGUGACAGAUGCCCCAUGGCCUAUCAAACAAAACAGCAUCUCAAGAGACACAUCAUUGUUCACACAGGUGCUCGUAACUUUGUGUGCCACCUCUGUGGAAAGGAUUUCCUGCGCCAACAUUCACUUCAAAAACACAUCAAAGUGGUCCACAUGGAAGUUAGGUCACAAUACACUUGUAAUUUGUGUGGUAACAACUACAAAACCAAGUUCUCAUUGAGCACACAUCUUAAAAUCCACAGGAACCAAAGGGACUACAUGUGUGGGAUUUGUUUACGGUCCUUUGUGCAGAAAAAGCCCUACUUGGACCAUAUGGAAAAACACAAAAAGAAUAGCGGUACAAAACGAAAGGCAUUGUUUGUGCAACCCAGUGAGUUCUGUCAUUUGUGUCCUAAAACUUUUGCAAAUGCCACAGGUCUUAAGCGUCAUUUGCGAAAGCAUGAGCUUGGCUUGCUGAAAAGGUGUAAGAAAUUUCAGGCAACAAAAAAAGUGUCAGAUAUGCCCCAUGUCGGUGAAGCUAGCACUAAAGAAUCAAGUACAACAGGACCUCAUUGCUCUAGCACACCUGAUAUUGAAAUGGCUGAUGAUAGUAAAACUUUAGUAAAAGAUACUAGUGAUGGCAUUGAUGCUGUCAGCUGGAUAUAUUAUUAUGAGAAAGACUCUGCAGGUCCAACUGAUGUGAAAACAUUAAAUAAUGAUGAUAAGAAGAAAGGAAUUACAUGUACUGAUAAAUCAGACAAAGCUGAUUAUAAAAAUAGAAAUAGAAAUGAAAUACAAUGCAAAAAUAGUAUUUCUCAUGAACAUGUUCACUCCGCUACAUUAAACAAUAAUCAAAAGCCAGAUCAUUGUAACAAUGCGAAUAAUGUACAUGUAGAUGGAGACAAUAUUGUCAAAGAAACAACUAGUAAAUCAGAAGGCUAUCAAAUUGAAAGCAAUGAAAAGUCAGAUAGUGCAAGGGAGUCAGGAGCAACCACUGAUGAUGUAAGUGAAAGUCUUGUAAGUUUCAAUGACAGGGUUGUUGAGUACCAUACUCUUACUGGCAUGUGUCCAAAUGAAAAUCGAGAGAAUCCCAGGAAAAAACAGGUGAUUAACAAAGCAAGGAAUUUAAAACAAAUGUCUGUAAGAAUGAAAAGUGUUCUUACAAUGACGCAUAAUAUUGGAGGCUCUGAUUCUAAUGUGUCAAAAUUUGUUAAAGGUAGAAAAGUCCAUUCUGGUAAAACAUCAAGAAAAUGCACUGGAGCGAAUAGAUGUAAACAUCUGGCGCAGUGGAGUAUGGUUCUUUUCAGGUGUCCUAUAUGUGCAAUAAAACUUAAACGCAAUGCUUUCGUAAAGCAUUUUAGAAUUCAUGAUUCAUUGUCUAUUUAUUGUAAGAAAUGCAGUGAAACUCAGAAUUCCAUGGUCAAAUUUCUUUGGCACAAGCAACGUUGUCAUCGUCAUAAACAUGGAAAAGGUAAUAAACAUAAAGAAGAAAGUGUACCCAGUCAUAAGUCUGCAGGUUCUGUGAUGAACUCGUUACAUCAAGUCGUUCAAACAAACAGCCUGGCUCCUAGAGAAUCCUGUGACUCAAGUGAUGUUGAUUCUAAUUUUAUGGAAGUAACUCAUGAGAUUGUUGAUAGGACGAAGAAACAGCUUAAAUCUUGCAAAUCAAAAUGUCAGUUAUGUGAUAAAAUAUUAAAGAGCAGGCCAGCCUUGAUGAAACAUUUGCUGGAAAUUCACAAUCAGAGAAAAUCAUUACAGUGUGAACGAUGUGAUAAAAGCUUUGUUAGUGUUUCUGGAUAUAACAAACACAAGAAAAAACAUAUCCCAGGAUCUUCAGAGGAAAUAAUGCUUUACUCGUUCAAAUGUAAAAUUUGCAAUAAAAGCUACACAACAAAUGAUCGUCUCAAAACUCACAUGCUGGUGCACGCAGAAUCAAAACCUUUUCAGUGCAGCACAUGUGGCAACACUUUUACUCAGCAUACUCAUUUGUUACGGCAUUCACGAGUUGUUCACCAGAAGGUCAAAGACGUGCCAUGUCCAGUGUGCGGGAAAAUGUUUGCAGACAAAUGGAGAAUCAAGAGCCAUAUGAGAAGCCACACUGGAGAAUGCCCAUACACGUGUGAGCAGUGCGGGAAAAGCUUUAGAUCAACUUCGGCAUUGCAAACACACAUUAAGACGCGACAUCAGAACAGAAGAUUCCAGUGCUCUACUUGCGGGGCGUGUUUUACUGCGAAAAACAGGUUGAUGCUGCACAUGAAGAGACACGAUUUAAACAAACAAGGUGACUCAAAUGCUUCAGAUCAUGGCGCACAUGUAAUUGUGAAUGUUCAGAGCAGUGUACAGAAAAGUGUCCAGUGUUCAUUCUGUGACAAAACCUUCAAGAGUCAAAAGGGACUGAAAAUGCAUCAAAAGAACUUGUGUAAUACUAACAAUAGCAGUAGCGCAAGUCAGACUGCAUUUACUCAACUAUGAUAAUGAAGCUCGGAUACAUGUUUAUUCUGCAAUGUUUUCAGUUUGAACACUUUAAGAGAGUAUCUGCAUUAGAUGAGAAGUCACAAAAUUUCUGUAAUCUUUCAGGUUUGGACAGGCGGUGUGUCAUCACUUAAUUGAUUAAAUCAUUACAAUUUUACCUGUUUUCAUAACUGUGCAAAAAAUGCACUACUUUUAACAUUUACCUUUGUAUAUGCAUUUGGUAUGAAAAACUUAACUUUUCACAUCAAUGUAUAUGUAUACCUGGUAUUUAUAUAUUUACAUGCAUUUUGUGUGGAAAACUUAUUGUUUUACAUGUAUUUGGCGUUAAAAACUUAAUGUUUAACACGUAUUUGGUCUGGAGAACUUAAAUAUUUACAUGUAUCAACAUGCAAUUCGUUUGGGAAAAAUAGAUUUGACAUGUAGAUGUAUUUACAUAUAUUUGGUGUAGAAAACUUAAUGUAUCACAUGUAUUUACUUGUAUUAGCCGUGAAAAACUAAAGUUAGUACUGUAUUUAAACUGUUGUUUCUUGUUAUAGUUAAUUUAUAUUAGAGUUGAAUUGAUAUUUUUAUUAAAUCGUAUUGACAUUA